UCGGGCGGGGAACUUUGCCCCCUCACGUCGCGCGUGGGCGGGUGGGCCGCGCCUGCCCGUGGCGGGCCGGGGAGUGCCGCGGCCGUGCGCCCGUGUGUGUGACCCGUCUCCCGCCGGCCCUUGCCGGCGUCCGGCGGUGGUCGGAGGCAGCGUGUGUCGUCCCCUCCGCUCCGUCUGCCGGACCUCGGCCCCGUCCCACGCACGUUUGUGCCAGCGGUGUCGGAGAGAGCGCUUUCCUCUCCACGCCUGUCAGCCGAGGGUGCCCGCCCUGCCCGCGGAAGGAGGGGAUGUGUGUGUGUGGAGGGAUUCCGCUUUCCCGGGAGCGAGCUGGCAGGUGACGAGUUCUCUGUCGUGUCCCGCCUGCGGUGCGAGGAGGCAUCCACUUUUUUCUGAGUGUGUUAAGGAGAUUUACUGAUUACCUUCUCUUCUGUGUCGCUGCUGCUUUUCCGCAAAGAUACCUGUCGGCAGGAAGGAAGGAGAAGACCCCAUGCACUCUGAAAGCACGUUUCUGAAUGCGGUGAUUUUGCCGAUUUCUAGCGUGCCUGGAAGGCUCGGCUUUCAAAUGCAAGAGUGACUCAUAGUUUUGAAGGCUGCUGUGCUUGUUCUUAUCGGAGAUCUGGGGCUGUUUAUCCUGUGACAAAGCAUGAUAUGUUUAGAUCUUGCACUAGACAAGAUCAGAUGGGUAGCAUGUGGAUGUAGGAUGUCACUUGUAAUUCUUAGCUAAUAUUAAAUGUACAGCUACUGGUGGCUAAGAGGUCGCUGUGUACGUGGUAACGCUUAGAGGCAUUGGCAGCUUGACAUGAAGUUCUUUCUUCUAAUCCUAUUGGGAGAGCACAAGAAGGAGGGCGAUGUCAGUUCCACUUGUCAACUUUCGCUUUGCUAACCUGAAACUACUAUGUUUCUAGCUGGAUGUGGUCAUAGAUGUUCAUGUCCAACAAGAAGAUCUUCAUGUAACUGGCUGAAAAAUGGUUCUGCAAGAUGACAGCACCAACUCUAACGCUGUUAAAAUGGAGACUAUCUUCACUUUGACAUGAUGUGUGAAGUUUGUUAGUCAGCAUUUUUUGUUUGUUUUUUUUACAGUUAUUGUGAAAGGUUACAAAUGGUGUGGGUUUUUAUCAUGAACCGAAUGAGCUCCCAGAGCAGUUCAUCCACUCAGCGUAGGCGAAUGGCUCUAGGAAUUGUCAUUCUUCUCCUCGUUGACGUGAUAUGGGUUGCCUCUUCAGAACUCACUUCUUAUGUUUUUACAAAGUACAACAAACCUUUUUUCAGUACGUUUGCAAAAACAUCCAUGUUUGUUCUAUACCUCUUGGGAUUUAUUGUUUGGAAACCAUGGAGGCAACAGUGUACUCGUGGGUUUCGUGGAAGGCAUGCAACUUUUUUUGCAGAUGCUGAAGGUUAUUUUGCUCCUUGUACAACAGAUAACACUGUAAACAGUUCUCUGAGUGAACCUUUAUAUGUUCCUGUAAAGUUUCACGAUUUGCCAACUGAAAAAAAUGGCAGUAAUAAUAGUGAUGCAGAGAAAACUCCCAAAAAGCCUCGUGUAAGGUUCAGUAAUAUUAUGGAGAUUCGACAACUCCCAUCGAGCCAUGCAUUGGAAGCAAAGUUGUCUCGCAUGUCAUAUCCAACGGUUAAGGAGCAGGAAUCAAUAUUAAAAACUGUAGGAAAACUCACUGCAACUCAAGUAGCAAAAAUUAGCUUUUUCUUUUGCUUUGUGUGGUUCUUGGCAAAUUUCUCUUACCAAGAAGCUCUGUCAGAUACCCAAGUUGCUAUAGUUAAUAUUUUGUCAUCAACCUCUGGGCUUUUUACUUUAAUCUUAGCUGCAGUCUUUCCCAGUAACAGUGGAGAUAGGUUUACCCUGUCGAAAUUAUUAGCUGUUAUUUUAAGCAUUGGUGGUGUGGUACUUGUUAACCUUUCUGGAUCUGAGAAAUCUGCUGGAAAAGAUACAAUAGGUUCCCUUUGGUCUCUUGUAGGAGCAAUGCUGUAUGCUGUGUACAUAGUGAUGAUAAAAAGGAAAGUAGAUAGAGAAGAUAAACUUGACAUACCAAUGUUCUUUGGUUUUGUAGGGCUGUUUAAUCUGUUGCUGCUGUGGCCAGGGUUUUUCCUGCUUCACUAUACUGGGUUUGAAGCAUUUGAGUUUCCCAAUAAACUGAUAUGGAUGUGCAUUGUCAUUAAUGGCCUUAUCGGAACAGUUCUGUCAGAGUUCCUCUGGCUGUGGGGCUGCUUUCUUACCUCAUCACUGAUAGGCACACUUGCGCUAAGCCUUACAAUACCUCUGUCUAUAAUAGCUGACAUGUGCAUGCAAAAGGUGCAGUUUUCCUGGUUAUUUUUUGCAGGGGCAGUCCCUGUAUUUUUUUCUUUUUUCAUUGCAACUCUCUUAUGUCACUAUAACAACUGGGAUCCAGUGAUGGUGGGAAUCAGAAGAAUUUUUGCCUUUAUUUGUAGAAAACAUCGAAUUCAGAGAAUGCCAGAAGAAAGUGAGCAGUGUGAAAGUCUCAUUCCUAUGCAUAGUGUUUCACAAGAUGGAGACAGUUGCUGUUCGUAGGCAAAAGUUUAAAAAUGGAAUAAUGCCCAGCGAAGAGACAAUCUUCUGGAAGAGUCCCUAAGGAAUCAUGUUUCAGUGCCUAUUCUGAAUUUGUAGUAAAAAUAAGAAGUUUCAGUUCUUUUGAAACUCUAAACUUUUCCUCUUUCUUGCUUUCAUCUGGUUUUAUAAAUGAACAAAUUUACUACAUGCCUAUCACCAUAGGGAGUCUUAGCCCAUCUGAGCAACCAACCUGCCUUAUAACACUGAGCUUGUGAAGUUACUUGACAAAAUCAACAAAACAAAUGCUGUUAAGUGAUUUCUUUCUUUUUUGAACUCACAAUUUUGUUAAAUGCUGGAAAAUAUUAUUUUUAAAAAAUACUUUCAAAUGAGUUAUGUAAAUAAGUUUGCAGGUCAUCAAGUCUUACAGGCUUUCAGAUGAAAAGCUAAAUAGAUGUGUUACCUGUAAUAGGUACAAGUUAACUUUUUUAUGUUGUAUAAACUAUUUGCAUAUUAAUAGAAGAAAAUUGAAAAAUAAUUUAUUAAGUACAUUCUUGUAAUUAUUGAGGCAGGAUCUUUGUAUGGUCCUGGAACACUACAUAUAUAUUGUCUUAUGCCGUUUUGAGAAGCCUUGUAAUGGGUGCCGAUGUUUAAAAAUCUUUUGUUACCUAACAAUCUGGAAUGUUUAAAAUUUUAGUGAAUGGCAAAAUAUUUCUAAUUACAGUACAUUUGGGUAUACAUUCUCAAAAUCAAUAUUUGUUUUAAACAGACUGAUUCUGUAACCCAUUCUUAUUCCCAGUUAUCUCACAUGGAAAACUAAAUUUGAAAAUUUUCACAUGUAUAGCUGCCAAGUUAUAAAAGAGAUCAAAUUAAUUGAGAAAGUUUUCAGUCAAUGGGUUGGCACUACAGUAAUCUGCUAAACAGUCUGAAAGAUAAAGGUGUUUGCAUUGAUUUUUUUUUUCCAGUUGCAUUAAUAAAUUUAUCCUAAAAUUGAUCAUUUUCUGUAUAACUUGUAUCUUCCUUCCAGUGCAGUGCUUCUGUCCUAUGUGAUUCUGAAAAGUCAUGAAUAAUUAUAUUCAGGAAUAUUUGAAAUUAGUCAGUGCCAUUUUCCAACUUCUAGCUUAUAAGACACUUAUAUUAAAGUUAAUUUUGGGUUUUGAUGGAUUUUUUUUUUAAAUAAUGAAUGUAGGAUGGAUUUUCGGCCAACAGUAUUCUCUUCCACAUAACAAGUUUAUUAAUAAUAAUCCUUCCACAAAAAUACAGAAGGAUGACAUAACACAAAUGCCUUUUCAUGUUUUGACACUCAGUAAUGAUCCUUCCAAAAGAAAUUUUGGUAGUUUGGUGAUACAGCUGUUAGAUGAGAGGGAAUGCAGGAAAGCAACGUGCUUAGCUAUACAUUUAGAAGGAUUGAUUAGCCAGCAGCUAGAAUUUCAUGUAAAAAUCUGUAAGUAGAGAAGGAAAAAAAAAAUGAACCUGGGGGCUAUUCUGGUCAAAUAUUGCACCUUUCUCAAAUUUUUCCUUCCAGUUUUUAAUACUGGAUUACACUACAAGUUUCAGUGAUCUGAGGCAUCUCUCUGAGAUGAGAUAGUAAGUCCUUCUUUGGACACCUGAAAUAGGAAUUAAAAAAAACCAAACCCACCACAAAACCAAAACAAACAAAAAGUUUAUUAAAUUAAUGUAGGCAUUUUGAGAAACUUCACAUUUCAAUUCCCAAACCCCACAAGUAGAGGGGUUAAAAAUCCAGUAUGUAGAACUAAUUUUACAUUUGACUUCGGUAGAACUUUCAGGGAUUUUUUGGGAAGUGGAGUUUCCUUAGUUGGUUUUUAAGGAUUUUUUUUUUUUUCUUCUAAAUUAUGACAAAUUAGAGGAUGUUAGCUUCAACUUUUUUUCCAAGAAGUAAUGUUAAGGCCUACUGGCAAUAAAAAGCUAAUGUCUGUUUUCAAUUAAUGAUAUGUUUCAAUGAAAUCAUACCGAAUAUAUAAUACCAGGCAUUAACUAGAAAUUUGAAUCAGCUGAGACUUGUGGCACCAGCAAACUAAGCCUGGGAAUACUGAGUAUGCUUUCGGAUGGGCAAUUACAGUAUUUUUAGUGAAAUAUUCUAAUACUGUCUUUUGAAAUUGGUCAUACUGAUAGAAUUGGAGCUGUAAUGUAUAAUAGGCAAUUGCUAUUCAUAUUUGCCCUUAUGUUCAUGGCUUGAAGCGAAAGAUCAUCAUAGUCCCCAGGUACUAGGGGAAUAUUCUUCUGUCUCUGACCCCAGGAAUGUUGAACAAUGUUUUUGUUCGGUAAACUCAAAGUUAGGGCCUUCCCACUGUUUUUGUUUUUAAAAAAAUGUGUUAAUUUUUUUUUUUUUAAAUACUAAAUAUUUUAGUCUCAUGACACUAGGUAGCUUGAGCAGUCUUUUUGCAUUAAAUUACAGUUCAUUAAAGAAUAAGCAAACUGUCCUUCCUGAAAGGAUUUUUAAACAGUGCUGCCUCUGUAGUUACAAGAAAUGUGUUACCGUUUUAAUUACAGAAGCUAUGACAUGUAACAUUGUUCCUGCAUUUAAUAGAAUGUGAUGAGCUUUUUCUAUGAAGUCAUGUGAUUUUUUAGUACAAUAAUGUUUUAUAAAUAUAUUAUCUAAUUUGAAAUGUAAAUUGUGUAGCUCUCUAAUGGGUGCUUGGUAAAUGCACAAGAGAUUUAGCUUUGAUUCUCAGGUACCUCUGACGUAAUGGAGACAUGCUGGGUUUUUCUUCCUCAUGACACAACUGGAAUGUGAAGGAGCUCUCUCAUAAAUGCUUUACCUCUGUGUGCUAGCAUAAAUUGUCAUUGCUCUUACUGUUUCAAUUUAGGAAUGCCUUUAUUUCGAUUUAUUUCUUGUAGGAAGCACAUACACUUUGAAAAAAAUAACGGAAUUUUUAUCUCAAGCGUUUCUUUGAAUGUCAUUAGAUGCUUAAGGAACAGUGAUUUCCCAUGCCUUCAAAAUGGAAAAUGAAUACUACAUGUGUUGCUCUCUCAAACAGUUGAACUAAUUACUGUAAUCCUAUGAGACAACCAACAAUUUCUUCUGUGUGUGAUUGAGGUUUUGGAGCUGUUUGGGUUUUAUAUGUGGAGGAAAUUAUGAUAAUUUGCCAAAUGCCACGUAGCAUGCCUUCGCUUUCAGGGUUUUGGUGAGUCUUGCGUAGUUUGAUGUCCUGUGUACUGUACUCCAGAACAAAGGGAAAAAAGGAUUUCAGUUUUUCUGGCUACUUUUCUGUUAGGUUUCAGUUGUGGUGAAAAUGUGUUCACUAUGAGGGGCUGCCGUAGAUGUGACACUGAUUCAGCAAAGGACUGAAAUACAUGCAACAUCAGUACUCAACAAUUACUUAGAAAGCAUGGGGUACAUGAAUGCCACUGAAGACACUGAGGGCCCAAUGUUUCUGUUGCCCAGUGUGCACUGCAUCUUGCUUGUUGGCUUUUUGCCUGUGGAAAUGCAUGUAAGGGGGUGGGGGCUGUAGUAUGUGACUGAUUUGGCUUGUCAUGGCGUUGGGCUAAAGCGGACCGCACACUGAAACUCAGAAGCUAAGGCACUGCUUGGUUAUCUCACUGUGGUGUUGCAAAUGCUAAAGUAUUUUGCAGAAAUACAGUGUUAAGUAAUGGUAUUGUAGGAAUGACAAACCAUGGUGCUCCAUGUGAUACUUGACCUGGUAUGCUGGUAUACGCAUUGCAUACCUCCUUGUAAUGUACUAGCAAAAAUAGGAGAGUCUGCAAAUUACUUUUCUUGGUGUGUGGUGUUGUAAUUGUCAUUCUCUUUCACAAUCCCCAUUGUGCCUAGGUACUGUUAUUCACAACUAUGAUUGCUUUAAAUAAGGUGGCAAAACGAUUUCUUUGUAAUUCUUGGUUCCAUCUCUCUCUGUGUUGAAUGUUAUCAUUCCUACUGCCUACUAAAAGAUCCUCCUGUCUUAGGGAAAUGAAGUUACUGAGCUAAACCAAGCUAUCAGAGGAGGGGGAAAACAAGUUAAAUUUUAGACAUAGGUUGAGUUUAUAGACACACUUUCGUAUUUCUUAUGAAAAUAGGCUUCGGUGAGGCAGAGUGUUUGUAUGUUUGUAAAUGAAGAAGUGGCAUACUCAAAAAUCAAGAAACAGAAACUAAUGUUAAUAUCACAACGUUGAGUUAUAUGGCUAACUAUAGGAUGGUACUUUUAAUCAGUUUUCUUUAUUUGGGUUAAGUUUUGAGUUAGUUACAAUUUCUGUUAUGUCUUAUGUAGUGUCUGCAAUUUAAUAGUUAUAACUGCAGUAGCAUUUAAGUGUUGGCUCACAAACAGUUGUAUGCAUGAUUAUUUUUUUUCCUAUCUAAUCCAGGAUUGCAUUAACGCUGUAUUUUGUUUUACAUGAUUAUUGCAAGGCAUGAUUUCUCAGGGAAAUACGGAUGAUACCAUGUAUUGUGAGAGCAGAUAACUAAUUCCUGCAUUUAAAAUUGUUACAAAUAUUUUCAGGUUUCACUUCAAACAUUUCACAUCACGUAACUUUCAUGUUGAACUUCCUUAGGCUUGUCAGGUAAAUCAUGAUGAGAACGUUAACAGCAUUUAAAGGUGUCAGUAAAAUACACUCUGCCCAACACUUUUUUACUUUUUGGACAAACAUCCAUUCUAAACUGAUGCUGCAAGUUAUGUAUGUUUUUUUCUACUUUAUUGUACUGUGCACUAUAUAAAUUAAUAGCUGCACUGCUGAUUUUGAAGCUGCACUUACGGCAUGACAGUGACAUUAAAUUUCAGGGUUAGGCAAUGCUAUAGUAAUACAUAAUCUGAUUCUGGGGUAGAGUACCGGUAUAAAUCUUCUAACAUAUAUAUAUAUAUAUAUAUUCAUUUAUAUAAUUAAAUUUUUACAAAGUCUGUUCACUUUGGGGAUUUUUGUUUGUUCUUCCAGUAAAGUUACUUUGGCUAGACUGGGAUUUGAUCCAAAGCCCAUGGGAGUCAUAGACAGCAUUAAUAAAGUAAAACUUUAUUGAAAAUAAACUCCACAGUCAGGUUGACCUUUAUGCCUUUGCAGUAUUUCUGUCUGCAGCAUACAUUUGAAGUGGUUUGCUUUAAGACUUCAGUAAUAUAAAUUUGAGGGAUUUUAGUGCUGGUAAAAAUGGUAAACAUACUACUGUAACUAGUCACAAAAAUAUUUCCCUAUAGCCAGCACGCAGCUUAAUUAUUUAGAAGGUGAAUUUGUCUUGCUACAUGAAUUUCCUUUAAAAUCGGCAGUAUAAGAAACGUUAACCACUUCACUUAGUUGUAUACUUGUAGGAGAAUUUUUUGUCAAUAGUGAGAAUAUGUGAUCAUAGUCAUCAUAGCCUUGAGGAUCAACUUCCUCUUGAUGAUUUCUGAUUUGACAUUUCCAUUUACAUUCACUUUGCAAAGAAUGCAACAGGGCAUUUCCUCUCUAGGUAAGCUACUAUUAAUUGUAUUUUGACUGUCCCAGUUCUCUGUAUUGUUAGAAAUCUAACAUAAAUCUAAUAUAUAAAUGUGACCGCUUAGUUAUCUGUGUUCUCACUCUCCUCCAAGGUAAAGUUUUGCAUCAUUACAUCUGGUAUUAGUAGUUAACCAGACUUUUUCUGGAAUGCCUACUGUGAUGUGGAACACAUCCAGAAUUUCAUGUAGUUUUCAGUUCCUACUUUUUAAAAGUAUAAAAGACUUUUCUCUGAGGAUUUUUGUAGAAAGCUGCUGUUUAGUUCUACAAGUGCAGAGUUCUUUAAGUGCAUCUCAGUUCAUAAAGUUGCAUCCAAUUUUAUUUUUAUUUUUUAAUGAACUUUUGACUGUUUUGUCAGGGAAGGUGCACAAAUUUUGUGUAUGUUCCACAGAAGAAAUAGGACUGGAUACCGGAACGGCCUCAGAAAUAAUAAUUCAGGGGUGUUUCUAUAGUUCUUUACAUAUGUUCCUGAAGUUUUUCAACAGUUUUUUAAAAAAACCAACCAACCAAAACCAAACAAAACCCCACAUUUAUCAAGCUGAGGGGAAUUAGCCAUUUAGCAUAGAACUAAUUUUAUAAUAUGCAAAUUACUGUGUUUUCAUUAGAGAUAUCCUUCAAUAUAUUACUGAUGUUGCCAGCCCAGUUGUCUGUGUUAUAAGUGAUGCUUCUCUUUUACCUAAAAUCGGACCUUUUGCAUGCCAAUUAAACUAGUUUCUCUACCAGAAUGAGUAAUUUCUAAAAUAUUUUUAGAAUCACCACCUUCUUCCUCUAGCUAGGGGAACAGCAGGAGCUUUCCAGCCAAACAGUAUCCCUUUCCUAUUGGAGAAGAAAAAAAAAUUAAAAAAUAAAACUUAAUCUUAAUUGAAAAUAAACAAUCUUACUGGGCAGCAUAUAGGAUCAGCUGUAAAAUCAUCAGGGUAAUUUCUUACAUAGCCCAAUUAUACAUAGGAAUUGCUUAGGCAAUGGUGUAUUGGAUUGAUCUCUCUCUGGUUGAUCUUGAUUCAAUAUAGAAUGUAGGUAUUUUAAAUAAUCAUUUCAUAUUGAAGCUGAAUGCUUAAAUUAAGCCCUGUGAUUGUAAGAAAAAAAAAAUGGGAAAAAAUUAUAUUUGGAGACUACAUACUAAGGAGUUUUCUUCUCUGUGUUUUGGGGUUUUUAGGGGCUUUUUUUGUGAAGUGUUAAAAAGUCCCACAUACAAUCCAGUUACAAAUAAAUGCUCUAUUAAUUGAAAAUCAUGAGAGGAUAUAUACACAAAGCUAUAUUGAAAGCUUAGCCAUUUGUUCAAGUUGGUGUUAUCUGAAUGGAAUUAGAGAAGUAUAAUGUAUGUGAUACAACUUCAGCAUUGUACAGCUGAAGGGGUCCUUGUAAUGAUUUAAAAUUUGUGUAAGUUCUCUUUGGAGUGGGUAUUAGUAAAACAAAAUGGUUUAUGAAAUUUUUUCUUAGUUUAUACAGAUUGAUUUUUGAAACUUCUAAAGCUUGUGUGCAUUAAAAGAUGCACAAAACCAAUAGUUAGUAGUUUUGAUGGUCUUUUUGGCAUUACAUUUUGUACUAAAUUUCAGUGAAUUCUGAAUAACACUUUUAAAGCAGAAGCUGCUUUAACUGAAGAACUUUCAAGUGAAGAAAACUGUUGUUUGCAUGAAGUCUGUACGGUUUGCUGAUAAUUCAGAUGUUCUGAGUGCACAGCUAGUUCCAGGUAUAUCCUCUAUGAAACAUCUUUAUGUAUAAUCUUAACCAUUUUCCUUAGUGAGACCAGAACGUGGAUUGGUGAUGUGUAUUGCAUUUGCACUUAAAUACCUGAUUUCAGAGUGUGUUAAACCUUGAUCUAUUUUUGAUAAAAAAGAAAUGUAGCAUUUUUAUCUAAUUUCCAUUUAAUGAUAAGUAUAUUCAUGCAGAGAAAAACAUAUAAUUAUGGCUUGAUGCAGUGAUUUUAAGCCAAGAAAACAGCAGGAUGGCAGUAGUAAAUCUGAAAUGAAGAUGCAUGUCUCUUCAGAAACUCUGGCUUCUAGUUUCUUCCUUCCCUCUUUAUACCAAAUUCAUGUCUCCAUUAUUCCAGAAUUAUACAGGUGAAGCAAGGACCAGAACUUUUACCCUUUGUUUUUUAAAAGUGAACAUUGGCUUUUGCCUGGAGUGUCUUUGUCCUGUCACUUCAUUUUCUGAGGGGGAUCACUUGAAUGAGAAAUAUAGAAUAAGUAUUUUUAAUUAAAAUCAAAUUUAAACUAUUAAUUAUUUUGAAAUUCUCUAUAUUAAUAGAGAUUUAAUGAAUGGAAAUUAAAGGCCUGUAUUGCAAAUAUUGAACAAUGCUUAUAUAUUUUUAACAAAGUAUAUAUAUAUGAAAAUUUGAAACAUGCGUAAAGGUGAAAAUUGGAGGAUUGUUCUUGUGUUGAUAGGUUUAUAAACUGAAAUUCUUAAGAUCCAAUACCAAAACCCUAUAAAAGGGCUAAUGAAAAGAAAAUGUAAUGUAUUCUGAUGAACAGCCUGUGUAAUACAAUCAAUGGGUGUGAUGUUUUUGUUCUGUAUUAUAUUUAUUAUAUGUAAGUAAACAAUAAAAAUUAUAAAUCUUA